CCUCUUUGUUUUUAUACCUGUAAACCCUACUCUCUUGCCUUCGCUCAACUUACACUCUCUCUCACUCUCUUUCAUGCUCUGUUUAUUCAAGAACCAGAGCAUGGAGCUUCAUACUGUCGCUGGCUUCUUCUUAUUCUUCUCCAUUUUCGUUUUUGCAGAUGCGGGUUCCAUAGGAGUGAACUACGGACGCAUUGCGAACAAUUUACCGUCAGCAACCAAAGUGGUGCAGCUUGUGAAGUCACAGGGCAUUGAACGGAUCAAAGUAUUCGACGCAGAUCCAGCUGUUCUUAGAGCUUUUUCCGGUUCCGGAAUCAAAGUCACAGUCGACUUACCCAAUGAGCUUCUUUUAGCCGCCGGCAAGUCCGCUUCUUUCUCGGACUUGUGGGUUCAGAAAAACAUUGCUGCUUACUAUCCAGAUACCCAAAUCGAAGCUAUUGCUGUUGGCAAUGAAGUGUUUGUUGACACUCACAACACCACCAAGUUUCUUGUACCCGCAAUGAAGAAUAUCCACCAAGCUCUUGUAAAGUACAAUCUUCACUCUUCCAUUAAAGUAUCUUCACCAAUAGCUUUAAGUGCUUUACAAUCUUCUUAUCCCUCUUCAGCUGGAUCUUUCAGAACCGAAUUAAUAGAACCCGUUUUUAAACCCAUGUUCGAUUUCCUUCGUGAAACUGGGUCAUACCUCAUGGUUAAUGCCUACCCAUUUUUCGCCUACGAGUCAAACUCCAACGUCAUUCCCAUAGAAUACGCUUUGUUUCGAGAGAACCCCGGUGUUGUGGAUGCAGGUAAUGGCUUGCGUUACUUUAGCCUGUUUGAUGCUCAAAUCGACGCCGUUUUUGCUGCAAUGUCGGCUCUUAAGUAUGAUGAUCUCAGAAUGGUUGUAACUGAAACGGGUUGGCCCUCCAAAGGAGAUCAAAAUGAACUGGGUGCUAGUGUCGAAAACGCCGCCGCGUACAACGGAAAUCUCGUCCGUAGAAUCUUGACGGGUGGCGGGACCCCUUUAAGACCAAAGGCGGAUCUGACCGUUUAUCUCUUUGCUCUUUUUAACGAGAACAAGAAAAACGGUCCCACAUCGGAGAGAAAUUACGGGCUCUUUUAUCCAAACGAGGAAAAGGUUUAUGACAUUCCAUUCACAGUGGAGGGGUUGAAGAAUUACCACGAUCAUCAAUCUCCGGUUGCCGGUGGUCAACCAGUGGCGACUCCUGCCAACGGCGGAGGUGUGUCGAAAAGUACUACAGGGAACACGUGGUGUGUGGCAAAUGCUGAAGCGGGAAAGGAGAAACUGCAGGCAGGUUUAGAUUUUGCGUGCGGUGAGGGAAAGGCUGAUUGCCGUCCGAUCCAGCGGGGUGCCUCUUGUUAUGAUCCCAACACGUUGGAAGCCCACGCAUCGUUUGCUUUCAACAGCUACUACCAGAAGAUGUCGCGUGCGGGUGGCUCCUGUUAUUUUGGCGGCGCUGCUUAUGUUGUUACUCAGCCACCUAAGUAUGGAGAUUGCGAGUUUCCCACUGGAUAUUGAAGGGGGAUGAGGGAAAUGCAGAAGGGUGAAGUGCUGUUAUCUUGAGUGGGAUUAUUACUAAUUAUAUUGUAGCUGGUUUUGGUCACUGAUCUGAUGUAUUUAUUCCAUUGAGUAGUCGGGUUUUGUUCAACACUUAAUUCUACUUAUUCUGACAUCCUUUUUCUGUAAUUAAUCAGUCAAUAUAUAUUACUCUAUGUGUCCUCUUGAUCUCUGAAA